AUGUCCAAAGCAACCCUCUUGCUGCUGUGUGUUGCCCUGGUGCUAACUGGGCAUGUGCAUGGAGCCACGCUGAGAAAUGAAGACAAGUGGAAGCCACUCAGCAACCCCAGAAAUCGUGAUCUGUUUUUCAGAAGCCUUCAGGCAUAUUUUAAGGGCAGAGGUCUUGAUCUUGGGAGAUUUCCAAAUACGUUCUCCAUGAAUGAAAAUCCCAGACCUUUCUCUUUCCAGCCAGAACUUAUAGCUUCUGCAUUUGCAGACUAUGAAGAGCAGAAAAAUUCCCUUCCCAAUUACCUCAGAGGCUGA